UCGUUGUUAUAAGGUAUAUAAAAUGUGCCGUGUAUUUUAAGAAAGAAUAAGUAAUUUGCUUAAAUUUGCUUGGAUGUAGUGAAAGUAGUAUGUCCAACACGUGUGGGUUAUAGUCCAGUUAAUAAAUCUUGAAGGUCAAUUUUUUCAAAAUUUUUUGAAUAAACAGCUACUGAAUAUUUAUUAUUAAUACGGAGUGAAAGAAAAAGUGUAAAUAUUCUCGAUUUAUCACGGAAUUACUUAGUGUAACAUCAUAAUAACAGUUUAGUAUUAUAUUAACCGGACUAUAACACAAAUUUCUCCAAAUCGAUUCAAGCUAUAGAAAGGGGUUAAACGUUUACAGCGCAUGUCUGAACUUGGUCGCAGCGAAAUAAUCAACACUUCUUCCUGUCGUUCCGGUAUUCAAAUUUGAGUGUUAAAAACAAUCAGUGAUUUUAAAGACCGCGUGUCGUUGCAUUUUAAGCAUGAAUCAAGAAGAAAACAAUUUUUGUCCGGUGAAUAAAAUAGCGCUUAUUUGUACAUGUAUAGUAGGAUUUCAAUUAUCUAGGAUGCUAUUCAGAUUCCUUUAUGACUCCUUUUUGGCUCCCGCAUUCAAAAUUAAUGCUGUUAAUAUUAAAGAAACAGGAACAUGGGCUGUCGUUACUGGAGCUACAGAUGGAAUUGGUAAAGCGUAUGCCGAAGUUUUAGCUCAGAAAGGCUUGAAUGUGGUGCUUAUCAGUAGGACCAAAUCAAAACUAGACGAUGUGGCGAAAGAAUUAGGAGAGAAGUAUAAAGUAGAAUUCCGAACUCUAGUUGCCGAUUUUACAGAUACUGAGCACAUCUACCACGAAAUCGAUAAACAGUUGAAUGGAAUGGACAUUGGUGUACUGAUCAACAAUGUAGGAAUGAGUUACACUCAUCCAGAAUUCUUUUUAGAUGUAAAAGACAAAGACACUUUUUUCCCUAAUCUUAUUAACUGUAAUAUUUAUUCAGUAACAAAUAUGUGUAAAAUCGUCAUGCCGGGAAUGGUGGAAAGAAGAAAAGGAGUAGUUAUCAACAUAUCAUCAUCGGCUGCACAAAUUCCAAAUCCCCUUCUAACAGUGUAUGCUGCUUCAAAAGCGUAUGUUGUCAAAUUUUCUGAAGAUCUAGCUGCAGAAUAUUCAAAGUUUGGUAUUACUGUUCAAUGCUUGCUCCCUGGAUAUGUUGCUACAAAUAUGUCUAAAAUUAGAAGCUCAACUUGGAUGGCACCAUCUCCCCUCACUUAUGUAAAAGAAGCAAUAAAAACUGUUGGUAUCAAGGAAAGAACCACUGGGUAUUAUCCACACACUUUACUAAUUACUGUAGUAAAAGGGUUGGAUUAUAUAUCUCCCAAAUUGUCAAGGUGGCUAAUAUUCAGAACAAUGUCAAAUAUCAGAAAAAGAGCUUUAAAAAGAGCUACACAAUAAUUUCAUGUACACUUCAACAGUUAUUUAUAUUUUGAACUGAUCUGCAUCUCAUGUGGCCAAAUUACCAAUUAUAUUUAAUUAGAUUUUUCAAGAAAUUAUCUUUCUUUUUGUUGAAGAAUUUUAAAGAACAUUGUUUGUUAAAAGUUGUGUCCCUUGUUAAAAUUUGUAUUUGUUAUGGAGCCGACUAUGUUACAUUGUAUAACGAUAAAAAAAUAAUAAAUAUUCUACUUACGUU